AUGUCUCAUAACCAGAAGAGCCAGUCCUCUGAGAUUCAGGGAAGCCCUCGGGUUCAAACAGAGUCAUUAGGCCUGGUUGGUGAAUCAGCCAUCACCUCCUCUUCCACUUCUAUGGUCCUGGAGACCACAGUAGAAGCAUCUGCUAGCCCUGUGGGUGAAUUAUUCCCCAGGGCUGUGAAGGAGGAGGAGGAGGAAAAGGAGAAAGAAGAGGCAAUGGAGGAAGUCAGCACUACUUUCUCCACUGCCUCCUCUACUCCUAUGAUGCUGGAUACUGCAGCGGUAGCAUCUGCUCCUGGAAAUCAACAUGGUCCCAGUCCCAUAAGUCCUCAAGUAUCUUCUUUUGUCUCCAAUGUCAUGGGAUCCAGUCUACAUGACCAGUUUAAUCAGGCUUUUAGAAACCAGGAAUGGGAAAACAUGAGAUUUCUGGGUAACCCAAUAGAUUUUGUGUCUUUGCAGCACGAUGAAAUGGCAUUGAUGCCCUAUUUGAUCUUCAAAUAUUGGAUGAAGCAGUGGGUCACCAAGGCAGAAAUGUUAAAUUACAUAAUCCCAAUUCACCAUCACCAUUUUCAUAUCAUCUUUAGCAACACCUGUUUAUGUAUGCGGCUGCUCUUUGGUGUUGAUAUAGAAGAAGUGGACCACACCAUCCCCUCUUAUGAGCUUAGCCUUGCAGCAGGGAUCACUUAUGAUGGGAUAAGGAGGGAUGUGCAGGGCUUGCCCAAGACAGGCCUCCUGUUAAUCGUUCUGUCCAUCAUCUUCAUGGAGGGCAACCGUGCCAGGGAGGAGGUGGUCUGGCAGGCACUGAAUAUUAUAGAGGUGUAUGCUGGAAGAGAGCACUGCCUCUUUGGGGAUCCUUGGAACCUAAUCAUGGGAGAUUUUAUUGAAGAGGGAUACCUGGAAUACUGCCCGGUGCCUCUCAGUAAUCCUGUUUGCUAUGAGUUCAUAUGGGGCCCAAGAGCAUAUGCUGAAACCAGCAAGUUGAAAAUCCUGCAACACUGUGCCCAGUUUGGUGGAAUUGAUCCUGUGUCCUUUUCAGCCCUCUAUGAAGAGGCUGUGAGAGAUGAGCAGCGUAGACAUGAAUGCAGUUAG